AUGUCCAGGAAGUGGGCGGAGGCCAAAACUCCUUUGACCCCCGACCGGCUCGCAAAGAUCGCCAAUGCGCUCGGUGUCUCGACACCCGUUCCUUCGUCGUCGUCAAGGACGCCGCCCUCGACGAGCAAGUAUCUUAUUCAUGUCGUUCCCCCUCUCAAUCUACCCCAUCUCAACAACAGCCUCAGCUCGCCGCCGCCACCUUCCGCCUCUGGGUACCAUACCCAUUUUCGACGGGGUACGUUGUUGCCAGUGCAUCCAACAUUACAACUGCAGCUCGCGGCCAUUGCUCGCGAAUAUGCCUUGCCGUCAACGGCGGGUGUUAUUUUGUAUCUCUUCAAUGACAACGAGGAUGCUGGCCCCCGUAUUUCCGACGAUAUCUGGAAGCACUUAUGGUCGCGCAUCUGGAAGGCAGAAUUUGCUCCAGAUACACCCCAAAAAUUGCCUGUGCUCACUCUCGGGAGUCCCCGCACAGACCAGCUUGCUUCAUCCACGACCUCUUCUUCCUCUCUGUCCAUUCCAAUCAUAGCGAAGGUCGAGUUUGACAUUGACCUCCGUUCUGCCCCAUGGUUUAAUCCAUGGAUAACAAGCAGGAACUUAAACUAUAAUAAACGGGUGGAGAAUAAAAAUUCACCUGUUCCAUUAUCUUUGCCACAGUUACCUCAGUCCGAGUCACAGCUCGAGGAUGAGGAGGAAAUCAAUCUUCGACUGGCCCCUACCAUGUAUAGAAAAAACAUUCCGUCGCCCCUAGUACUUGGACCUUCAAACACCAAUGCGACUAACUCGUCUUCUAGUCUACCAAGCAGCGCUACCAGCUUACCUUAUCUUCGACAUCAAGACGAGUCCGACGAGGAUACCGAAAUAGAUGAUGAUAGCGUGCCUACCAGUGGAAAACGUGGGGGAGGUAUUUAUGAUGAUCUCGAGCUCGACUUUGACGAGUCAUUCGAGGAGGAUACGAAGGAGAGUCAAUACCUUUUGACGGCUAAAUUGGACGAAAUUGAGAAAAAUCUCGCUCAGUUCUCACCUCGGGUAUUGCAACUUGAGCUCCAAGAAGACCAAGCAAAAUCACCCUUACGAACCGAAGUAUCCAUCGCAAGUCCGAAACAGCCAUCCGGGACAUGGCCAUCUGUUCCCUUCCAAUCCUUGCACUCGGUGAUCAUACAACCAAUAUUGUCUAAUAAUAAUAAUCCUUCGCCUCCCCAGCUUGCCCUAAAUGGCGUCACCACCUCUGCUCCACAAUCCUUUAAUCCCACAUCUUUAUCUACCGCUUCUUCGGAAACAAUUCGGAGAAAGCAAAUGGAGGAGGAAGAGUCAGAACAACUCGUACCGGAACAAUAUCCCCGUUAUACUCCCCAGAUCAACGGAAGCUUCAAAGACGCCAUAAUACCACUGUCCCCCGAUCCGUUCGGGCGAUAUCCAUCCACACCUACACCCUCUGCAGAUAGCAGAGGAUCUACGUAUUGGGACGAUAGCAGCACAGCUGUAGAUGAGUCCAUCACUACGUCUAGUAGAUUUUCGGCGGAUUCAGCGAAAGACCAUACUUUAACCAACAGAGCGACCAUGAUGAGCGUAAAGAGCAUUAAAAAACUUUGGCGGCGAAGUAACAAGCAGAGCGUCAGCUCUAUUAACAUGCCUCAACCACCCCCAGCGCAACAAGGACAUAUCUCACCACAGAUGCCCGGGCCGACGGUACUUUCUGCUCAGGUUACUGGAACUUCACCUUCUAUCUCAAACGGAGCUUCAGCUCAUCGACAAAGCAGUAGUAGCAGCAGUCGAAACAGUGUGGGUGUCGUUCGACCUCCUCCCAUUCGCAUGUCAUCCUCCCAGACGUCAUCAUCUAGAUCUUCUUCCUCCCGCCCAAUACGUCCAUCUCGUCCCCCAUCACUCCACAAUUUUGAUAUUCCUGGCAUGUCGGCCCCUACUCCUGCCAUGUUUCCACAGCACAUUGUCAGCCUCGACAGACAUCGGUUCGAUCAGGAGAGUCCAUACCCCAAUCCGACAAGGAGGGCUCGAGCCCAAUUGAGCGAGAAUGGCAAAGUUUCACCGACACUUGCGUCAGGAAAAUCGAUACCGACCAGUCAGUCGGGGAAAAGCUCUCCUACACCUCUGCCCCAAACCGAAACACAGCGAAACAGCGUUCGAAGGAGUAUAUUGAAAUGGAAGAACGCAACAUCAGGUGGAGGGUCGAGCGCGAGGCGGCCGAGUGUCAGUAUACUGAGCGUUAAUGUAGAACCGCGGCCGGGUAUUGAGAAGAUGCCUCCAAGUCCUCGAAUACCGGAUGAAUUCUUACAGCACCAGCAGCAUUCGAGACUACCAAGCGUGGCGAAAUCGAUAACGAGCGUUGCUCCUAGUAUGACGAAGAGUAUCUCGAGCCAAAGUUCGAGGUACUCGGAUGACGAGGGACGAGGAGCGAGUAUAGACGACCAGUUCGAGAUCGUCUCGCCGAAGAUGACCCCUGGUAGUCUGACAUACCCAUAUACCACAUUGGAUCAGCGAGACACAUCGCAGUGAUGAUAACGAGCCGAUUUUACAUUAUAUUAUGUUGAUUUAUAUAUCUGACGACGCUUUCUGCAUUUAAUUUGUAGCCUCUGAUGUUGUGUGUUAUAAUAAUGCGUGGAUGAAAUGUAGAUAUGAUGUAAUCUAUCAAUGUCAUUGAUUUGAG